UCCAAAUUUCCUGCAACGCUCACAUCCCGGCGUACCUGAAGGAAACGCCUAAUCUAAAAAAAUAAAAUAAAUAAUAGAUACUGGAAUCUUGAUAAUGUUGAAAGUUGCGCCCAGACGACUAUUUCUAUUGACCAGUAGACGUUUAGCUACAGCAAGACUACAACUGCCAAAAAAUGUUAAAGAUGAAAUUCCAAAAGCUUAUUCUCCUGUGAUAGUUGAAGAAAAGUGGUAUGAAUGGUGGGAAUGUAAUUCAUUCUUUAGGCACCAUAAGCCUCCACCGUCCACUGGAAAGUUUUCUAUGGUUCUUCCCCCACCAAAUAUAACUGGUACCCUUCAUAUUGGGCAUGCCCUAACAUGUGCCAUACAGGAUUCUCUUGUUUGCUGGAAUAGAAUGAAAGGGAAAGAUACUAUAUGGAUCCCUGGAUGUGACCAUGCUGGCAUUGCAACUCAAGCUAUAGUGGAGAAAAAUCUGAAAUCUCAAAACAUCACACGUGAACAGCUGGGGCGCAAAAAGUUUGAGGAAGAAAUUUGGAAAUGGAAAGGUGAAAAAGAAAACACAAUUUACCAACAGCUCAAAGCAUUAGGUGCAACCUUGAACUGGGAGAAAGCAGUAUUCACAAUGGAUCCAAAGAUGUGCUAUGCAGUCAAUGAAGCGUUUAUUCAACUACACCGCAAAGGAAAAAUUUAUCGGAAAGAAAGCCUCGUGAAUUGGUCUUGUCAGUUACGAUCGGCAAUUUCAGACAUAGAAGUUGAACAUCAGUUGGUUGAUGGACCCAAGGGAAUAUUGGUACCAGGAUAUGAUAAACCCAUAACGUUCGGCAACAUUUAUCAGUUUGAGUACAAACUGUGGGACUCAAACGAACGAAUCAUGGUGUCUACAACGAGACCGGAAACCAUAUUGGGUGACAUGGCAAUCGCAGUUCACCCAGAAGAUAUGCGCUAUAAACAUUAUAUUGGUAGAUCUGUCAUCCAUCCAGUUCUCCAUACCAAGCUGCCCAUAAUAGCAGAUUCUGAAGUGGAUCAGCACUUUGGCACAGGUGCUCUAAAGGUUACUCCUGCUCAUGAUCCAAAGGAUUAUGAAAUAGCAAAAAGACAUGGCCUGGAAAUGUUUAGUGUAUUCGACGAUCGUGGAAUUUCAAACAAUAACUGCAACCAAUUCCAUGGAUUACCUCGAUUCGAACUCAGGGAAAAGAUGGUAGAUUUCCUACGAGACAACAACCUAUUGCGGGGAAUUUUACCACAUCAGAUGAGCGUCCCGGUCUGUAGUCGCUCGGGUGACAUAAUUGAACCACUUCUACGACCACAGUGGUUCGUUGACACUCAAGAGAUGGCCCAAAAAGCUAUGGAAGCGGUAGAAAGUGGCAAGUUAAAAAUCUAUCCUCCUCAGUUCGAACGUGUUUGGUUUGAAUGGCUUGGCAAUAUCAAGGACUGGUGUAUUUCUCGCCAACUUUGGUGGGGCCAUCGCGUUCCUGCGUAUAACCUCGCUGGGGCAAAAGAAACUGCAAUUUGGAUUGCAGCGCAUAAUACCGAGAAAGCUGUUGAGCACGCCAAAAAUCACGGUUUUGAUUUUUCAGCUGUCAAGCAGGAUGAAGACGUCCUUGACACGUGGUUCUCUUCCUCGCUCUUUCCUUUUUCUGUGUGUGGAUGGCCUGAACAUACGGUGGACCUUCGAAAAUUGUUUCCUCUGGAUCUUAUGGAAACAGGACACGAUAUUCUGUUUUUCUGGGUUGCACGGAUGGUAAUGAUGAGUUUGGAGCUAACAGGAGAGUUACCCUUCAAGGAAAUUCUUUUACAUGGCAUCAUUUGUGACAGCCAAGGACGCAAGAUGUCUAAAUCUUUGGGAAAUGUCAUCGAUCCCUUAGACAUAGUGUAUGGCACAUCACUAAAGUGUAUGGAAGACAAAUUGGAAUCCAGUUUCAAGAAAGGACAUCUGUCUUCAAAAGAAUUCGAAAAAGCUAUUGCCGAAAAGAGGACAGUCUUUCCUAGCGGAAUUCCACAAACUGGCGCAGACGCAUUGAGAUUUACCCUAUGUUCCUACAAUGUCAAGAGUCAUUUUAUUAACCUGGACAUGGCAAUGCUAAAAAGAAACCGUCUGUUUUGCAACAAAAUAUGGCAGGUUUCUCGUUUUUUGUUUCUUCUUUUGGACGAAAUCUCUCCAAAAACUGGUUCAGACUCCUUUUCCUGGUUGAAUGAGCCAAAUAAUUCAUCUCUGGUCAACCAGUGGAUAAUGAAUGGCUUAGCCGAGAUGGUCAGCCAAAUUGACGGUGCAAUGACGCGCUAUGAUUUUCACCAUGCCACGGACGCGCUUUACAAUUUCUUGUAUGCCAAGCUGUGUGAUGUUUAUUUGGAAGCGAUUAAACCUUUGACUGGGGCAGAUAAAGAAGAAUCUGUCCUUGUCCUAGUCGUGUGCUUAGACACAGCACUUCGCUGUCUGGUCCCCUUCAUGCCGUUCCUGAGUGAAGAGCUGUAUCAGAGGCUCCAUACGAAACUUGCUGAUCUCGGAAUUCCAUCCUCACGAUCUGUGAGCAUUCUGGUUGCCGAAUAUCCAUCCAAAGACGAGUUCGGCCUGUGGAGAAACGUUGAGCUUGAAAAAACAGUUGAUUCGGUUUUACGAGCUGUUACAGAAUUGCGAAACAUGAAGUUAGAAUACGGCUUAGCCAAAUCAAAACCUGAUGCUUUCUUCGUCUGCCCCUCUGAACGAGUUUUGAGCCAAACUGAUCAGUAUUCAAAGCUAAUGUCGACGAUUGCAGGGCUUAAAUCUGUCACCAUUUAUGGCGACAUGUGCCUAACAAAUUCCAGUGAAAAGGCCUGGGUAUCCCGUACAGUUGAAACUUGCUCUGUUCAUCUUAAUCUAACGGGAAUGAUUGAUCGAAAAAUUGAGUUGAAGAAAAAUCAAGAGAAACUGAAAAAGCUUGUUGAAAACCUUGCGCGGCUAGAAGCGAAUAUGGGUACCGCCUCGUACCGUUCUAGUGCUCCAGCUCAUGUGCAAGAGACUCACCGACUCAAAGUAGCCUCUCUGAAAACUGAAAUUUGUCAGUUAAAAGAAUACGCAAAAGAACUUGACAAAAUAUAAAUACUUUGAAUGCAA